AUGAGGUUGAUAUCCAAAAGAAGAAUCAGAUUUAUUGUGUUUAUUUUGUUCGGCGUCCUCACUGUAUUCGUAGUAUCAAGACUUGUUGUUCAUUUUCAGUAUAACCAAGAAAUAAAGUUCUAUAAAAAGUAUUUUCAACAGAGGAAGGAUGGGCUUCACGAAAUUUACAACCCAUUAGAAAUCAAGCAAAUACCCAAGGAAACGAUAGAUGACUUAUAUACCGCCCGUUUAGAUAAAGAGUUGAAAAACGGUGAGGUCAUCGAGUGGUCCAAGUUUGCAUACGUGAAUUAUGUGACUAAUGCUGAUUAUCUUUGUAAUACGCUGAUCAUAUUCAAUGAUCUGAAACAGGAGUUUGAGACAAAGGCCAAGUUAGUUCUUCUGAUAUCUAAAGAUCUGCUAGACCCAAACACUUCCUCAAAUGUGGCUUACAUUAGUUCACUCCUUAACAAGAUUCAAGCUAUAGAUGAGGACCAGGUAGUUAUCAAGUUGAUAGAUAACAUUGUGAAGCCAAAGGAUACUACACCUUGGAAUGAAAGUUUAACAAAAUUACUAGUAUUUAACCAAACAGAAUUUGACCGUGUGAUUUAUCUUGACAACGACGCAAUUUUAAGAUCAAGCUUGGACGAAUUAUUUUUCCUACCAAAUUAUAUCAAAUUUGCAGCUCCAUUAACAUACUGGUUUUUAUCUAACAGUGAUUUGGAAAAAUCAUACCAUGAAACGCGACACCGUGAAAAGCAACCAAUCAACCUCCAGUCGUAUACAAAAGUGCUGACUAAAAGAAUUGGGAAAGGUCAGAUGAUUUAUAAUCAUUUGCCGAGUUUGCCGCAUUCAUUGUACUUGAAUUCUAAUAACAUAGCUCAGGACAUUAUAAGUUCUACAUCAUCUUUAUCGCCGUUAUUUGAUUUCCAAAGUAGUAAAAAGGUUGGAAAAUUAAAAUUUGCUUCUAAUUUAAUGGUUAUUAAUCCUUCAAAGGAGGCGUUUGAUGAAAUUGUGAACGUUAUGCUGCCCAAGAUUUUAAACAAGAAGGAAAAGUACGAUAUGGAUUUGAUCAAUGAAGAAAUGUACAAUUUAAAGAAGAUUAUUUAUAAACAGUUUAUUUUCUUCAGAAAAGUCCGAAAACUUUUCAAACCAGAAGUAUUGGUUUUGCCAUUUGCAAGGUACGGCUUACUGACGGGUUCAUUGAGAAACCCACGGCACUAUUCUAUAAUCUAUAAUGACGUUUUGGGUUAUAAGACAUUGGAUAAUGAUGGCAACGAUAUUCCGGUAGGAUUAAACGACAGUGUCGCAUAUUCUAAGUACAUACAUUUUUCGGAUUAUCCAUUGGCCAAGCCCUGGAAUUAUCCAUCAAUGAAGGAGUUUGAAUGUAUCGUUAAAGAAGAAGACGCGGAGGAUUCAAAGCUAGAGCACCAAGCUUGUGACCUUUGGAACUCGGUGUACGCUUCUUACAUACAGUCCAGGGAAAUCUGCCUCGUUUGA